ACUAUAGAAUAUAGAACCUUUUUCUCACUAAAAAUAGUAAUAUUUAUUUUCAUUCUCCAGGCAACCCUGCCUAUUUGAUUGAUAAAAAUUGAUAGAUUUCUGUUUUCUGUUGUGAGUGGGCGUACGGAAGGCGCAUUUAUUUAGGGUUUAUUUAAGAUUUUCAUACAAUAAUGUAAUAUCUUCUUAAUAAAAAAAUAGUAAUUUUAUAGACUAAAACAGUUAUGUAGGCGGAAACGCCGAUAAUUCCUAGUGAAUAAAAAGAAAAUGAUUUACCAUCUGAGCAGAAUUUUCAGACGUUUUGUUUCUUUAAUGAAAACAAUGAAGUGAAAAUUAUAAAUAUGUGUAUUUUUUGGAAUAAGAGGAUAACUUAAAUUUUGUGGAAAAUUAAGUGCCAGAAAGAUGAAUCUGAUGCGCAAAUUACGUGGUGCUGCGGGCUCUACGUCUUCGGAGCCCGCGGAGUCUGCCAGCGCUUCCUCACAUCUUCAGCUGGGCCUCAUGCACCUCAAGAAGCUGUUUGCGGAGUACACUCACCCAGCGCAGCCUCUAACAGAUGCUGAAAAAGAUGAUAAACUGUACAAUAUGCUACCUCUAUUUUGCAAGGUAUUUGGUAGCAGCCCCUCAAGUGAGAUGAAUGAAAAGUUUUGGGACAUUUUAUCAUUUUGCCAGCAAGUUUCCAAACUUAUGGUAUCAGAGAUUAGGAAAAGAGCUAGCAACCAAAGUACAGAGGCAGCAAGUUGUGCCAUAGCAAAGUUCCUCGAAAUUGAGAAUUCUGAGGAAUCUAGCAAUGGCUGGAUGUUACUAUCCACUUUAAAUCUUCUAGCAGCGGGAGACCAAUCCUUGAUACAGGUAAUGACUACAGCUGCUAUUCCUUCAACAUUAGUCAAAUGUUUAUACCUAUUUUUUGAUCUUCCUGAAAUACCUGAAUCAGAGGCUGAUGUUCAAGAUGGUGUUAGUGAUUUUACUCCAAGAGAAAGAAGAAUAUUAUUGCAAAAAAUAUUUGUUCAGGUCCUAGUGCGAUUAUGCAGUCAUCCAUUUCCAUGUGAAGAGUUGGCAAGGAAAGAUGAUCUCAGUCUACUGUUCUCUGCCAUUACAUCAUGGUGUGCCCCUCACAAUAUCAUGUGGCGAAAGUCUGCGGCAGAAGUACUGAUGACAUUAUCUAGGCACGGAUUAACACAAUCUGUUGUGCAAUACAUACAUAAUAAAGGUUGUGUAGCACUAUGUAUAGAAAACAUGCAGAAAAUACCAGAGCUAACUCCAUUGGAGGUAGUCGAAAUGUUCGUUGCAGUAUUUUGCUUUCUUAAGGAUUCAAGUGAUGUUAGUCAAUUAUUAUUGGACGACUUUCGUUCAUGUCAAGGAUAUUUAUUCCUGUCGGAGUUUCUUCUUAAGCAUGAGAGAGAUGGGGUACCCGAUUAUUUGACGUCAGGGUUAGAAGAAGAGCGCGUGAGCGGAUCAGAGGCGCGCGCGGCGCUGCGCAAUCUCGUGCUGAUGAUAUCAUCGCUGUGCGCGUGCGGCUUCUCGGAGCUGCGACCCACGCGCGCCAACACCGAGCUGUUCCAGCUGCAGGGGUUCGUUCUGCCGCAGCCCACCACGCCAGGCCAGGCCGUUAGGAACGUGCAGGCCUUUCAAGUCCUGCAAUCGGUCUUCAUAAAGUCAAACUCCGCUGCAUUAUGCUGCACUAUACUAGACGCCAUAUCGAGCGUAUACCACGCGGACAAUGCAAACUAUUUCAUACUAGAAAACCAAAACACGUUAAGUCAAUUUUCCGAAAGGAUUCACCUGAAGAACGCUGAAAUUCAAGAAAAGUUCUUUGAGCUUUUGGAAUUUAUCGUUUUCCAGUUAAAUUUUGUUCCCUGUAAGGAGUUGAUAUCGCUUUCUUUACUAUUAAAAGCUAAUAAAUCGAGAAGCUGUAGCAUAUUGUGUAUGAAAACGCUACUCAACAUCUUAAAGCAUAAUAUGAUUUUCAAAGAUGUAUACAGGGAAGUAGGCAUGUUAGAAGUGUUUGUUACAUGCCUCUCUCGCUACGCCGCAUUUUUAAAAGACAAACAGAUCGCAGAAGAGGAGAAACUAAAGAAAGAAUCUGAUCCUGCUUGUAGUGAGCCGAUUGCUCCAGAAAGGAGGAAACGGUUGUCUAUAAGACAGGAUUCAUUGAUAAAAGACCCCAACAUUGAUAUAGAAGAGGAGGAAUUGGGUACUUUGGUUAUGGAAGGAUUGACUGCGUUAUUGAAUGGGAACACGAAUAAUUGUAAUGUAUUUAGGGACUGCGGUGGUGCGAAGUGCGUCCACGGUAUGGUGGUUCAUGAAUCUUGUAGGAGUAAGGCUUUGGGUGUCAUAAGAGAACUGAUAGUGAGUGGUUCAGGUGAAGAAGACAUGUCGGCAUUGCUUUGCGGCAUGCAUGCGGCGCCCAACGACGCCCUAAGACUCAAGCUGCAUAUCCUCAAGGCUCUGCUGGCGUGUCUCAGGGAUUCACAUAGGACUAGGACGAUAUUUAGAAAGGUCAGCGGCUUUGUGUACGUCACGAGCGUAUUAGCGUCGCUCGAAGGCAAACUGCAAGGGGAUACUCUUAUGGACCGGGAUAUGCUGCAGUUGAUACAUAUUGUUUUCUACACAGUGAGCACGGCUAUGCGUUUCGAGCCGGCGAACGCUAAGUUUUUCCAUCACGAAGUUUGUAUGACGACACUCACCGAUACCAUUCGACUACUAGGUUGUUUUACCGAAGACACCGAACUUAUGAACGACGUUGAAGCCGGUGACACGGAUCUGUACGAAGUCUUCCACGAUUUAUUUACCGGGAAUAUACUGGAUAUGACUUUUCCCGAAAGUGUCCCCGUGGUGUUCAUCCAUGCGUGCAUCGUACUGCGACUCCUGUACGAUGUGGCUCUAGACUCGUUCGACAAACCUACCUUUUGCGGUUCGCUCAACGUUAAAUCGCCUAGUUUAACGAGACAAAGCUCUGCUAUUAAUGAGUCGAAGCCAGCAGGGCGCACGGCGCCGCUCAACCUGUCGGCGAGCUCGUCGGGCGAGGCGUGGGUGGUGCACUCCGGGGUGGUGAUCGUGCUGGCGCGGCUGCUGCCCGCGCUGCCGCGGCCCGCGCCGCACGGGGCGCAUGCGCGCGCGCUCCGGGACUACCUCGCGCACGUGCUGAAGAGCCUCGUGCGCAGCGAGCGCAACCAACAAGUGAUGUGCGGCGCAGGACUAGCAGGCGCGGUGUUACGCGUAAUGGGCGCCGCGCUGCGCGCAGAGAAGCACCCGCUACACGCGCCCGCCAUGUACAUGCUAGAGCGCCUCGCUGCGCACGCGUUGAGACCAGCUGAACUCAGGGAGUUCCUGCGCAUGGGCAACCCUCUGAAUUGCGUGGCACCCGAGCCCGGACAGGUGUGCAAGCCCGGCGGACCAGUACCUCUCACCCGCAAGACACUGGUGUCCAUGACCACUCCCAGAGACUACAGAUCACAGAACUCGUGUACACGCUGGCCCUCGUUCGUGGAAUUCGCGAGCAUGUUCAGCGGAAGGCCUUCGAGCGACCGCAGUAUUCCCGCCGCAGACCGGACAUUUACCUACUCCAACAUGGAUACUGCGUUAGAGCAAAUCGUUGAAUGGGAGUUAGAAGGAUCAGGCGUUUGGUGUCCGGAUCUGCAGCACGAAGGCCGUUGUUGGCACCAUCUGCUGCUGGUGCUGUACCCGGGCCGUGCUGAAGAAGACUCCUCCUUCUUGCUGUAUCUGGACGGUCAACACAUGCAUUCGGGCAAGCUGCACUACGUGAGCGCCAACCCCGGUGGCGGUGCAGCAACGCUCUCGGGCGCGUCCAGCGUGUACUGCGUGCUGGGCACGCCGCCGCCGUGGCGCCGCUACUCGCGCCUCGUGUGGCGCCAGGGCCCCGCGCUGCUGCUGGAGGACGUGUUACCUGCUCAAACUGUAUCAGUUAUAUAUCAACUGGGUCCACAUUACGUCGGCACGCUCCAAGCUCCUUUGCCUCCCGGCCACAAUCAAGAGCCAUUAGCACCCCUAGUGGCAGAAGAAAAGGUUGUAUUUGGCAUCAACGCCCGAGCCAUGUCGCAACUAACGCUUGCCAAAAUACGCAAAGUCUACAGCAAGAACGACAAUAAAGCUAUAGCGAAGCAACUGGGCAUGUCUUCUCAUGAAAAUGCGACGCCAAUAAGGAUAUUGCACAAUUCUGCUGGACACCUCAUGGGACCAGCGCGAUGCUUGGGCGGAACCGUCGUGGGAUAUUUGGGUGUGAGAGUUUUCUGCCCUAAACCUGCCGCCAUAAUGAUUGAUACCGUUGGUGGAUGCUCGGUUUUGUUAGGCUUAAUCGCAAUGGCACAAGAUGUUGAAUGCCUGUACGCUGGUGUCAAAGCCUUAGUGUGCGUUGUGCGUUCUAACAAAGCCGCUCAAGCAGAAAUGGACCGACGAAAAGGAUACCAAACUCUAGCCAUGCUGUUGAAAAGGAAAAAGCAACUGCUUAACUCUCACAUUCUGCACCUUAUCUUUGGUCUCGUCGGCACCGUUGAUAGCCAAAAAGAGACAUCGUCAAUACCUAAUUUGACUGCUUUUCAGGAUCUGAUAUGCGAGUUGGAUGUUUGGCUCGGGGCCCCAGGAGGCCUCAUAAAAUCUCUACUAGAACAUUUGCUCGAACUCGCCACCGAAACGGCGCACAAAACUCACAACUUACGCACAAUGCGAGAGCUACAGUUGGUCUCGAAGCUUCUCUACAUUAUAAACGAUGUGAAAGUUGUCAGCACAAAAAAUGUUCUCAUACAAUUGCUAGCUGCGCUACUAGGGGGCCAGCCGCGGCCGAGCGAUCUUCUAUGCUUAGGCCAGUUUAUGGCCUACACACUGCCGUUGCCUUCUCAAACGGAGAAGGGUCUCAAUCUGAAGGAAAGCGAUUGCGAGAAAGAAUGUGAAGGCGAACAGGUUAUCCUGCGUAACAAAUGCUUUAACGUUUUACACGGGUUGUUGUUUACGCAACGGAAUCUAGUCAACACGAUCGUAUGUGAAGAGAUUUCAAGAGUCCUUGGGAUGGAUUGGCUGCUAAGUUUUAUGCAGGAAAACGUUCAUCCUACAACUGUUUUAUGGGCACUUAGGAUACUAGUCAUUCUUUGCUCUGGACAGGGACAGCAGUCUGCUAUAAUGCAAAGAUUCCGCGAAGGUGCCGGUAAUGGUGGCUGGCUCCGCCAUACCGAAGUAGUGGUAACGCCGCAACAAGCCGGCGUAGUCCUCUCUACGGCCGUUCAUUCACAUUCCCAUUUGCACAUGCCGUUACUCCUCACCUCCGGAUUCGUCAUGCUAUCCUGGCUGCUUUUAUCUCACCUGCACAUACCAGAGCUAUACUACUUAUUAUUCGGUUUAACGCUCGGUCAGCCAAUGCGGAACAUUGGCUCGGACAAGACCGUGUCCGUGGAACGCGUCUGGGCCGCGGCUUGGGGCGCCGCCGCGCCAUCGAGGCAGUCGUCCGCGGCCGUCGCGGCGAGGAUCACUCUGUGUCCGGAGGCCGUGGUAAUCCUGCUUGGAGCGGUCAGGUCGUUGAUCCACGCCGACCCGGCUACGCUGCCGGAGUGGCUGGCCGAUCACCCUGUAGCGAUUAUUCAGGUGCUGUUCUCAUUGUACAACACACUCCCAGACUUCGUGACAAUAAUGAUGACCGCAGAAGUAUUAACAGCUUUAGCAUCAACACUCUUUCCACCUUAUACAGCGGACGAUAUUCAUAUGCCGAUCUGCGAAAGCGGCGAGGAUUCAGGAGCCUCAACGCCCGGAUCAGAAAAAGAGGUGGUGAUGGUGGCCGGAUCAGCCGCCCUCACGCAACACCCCGCCCGACAGGGCGUCAUGGACUUCCUUAAAGUCAUCGUGUUGGAUUCCCUGCCUUUGAGCGUAACUGGCAAGGCUGCCCCAAGUACUGCAUCAGCCACUGACUCAGUGCCAUCGUCCAUGUUUUGUACGCCCUGUAGCUGCUCCACGCCUACAUCCUACUUUUAUAGCGUAAUCGAUUUAGUACUCGAUGCUUCACCGGCCAACUCCACGAGUCAGCAGCAAAUCGAGUUCCAAACAGACGUGUUAACGACGCUGAUGGAAAACCUACUGAACACGGAGUUGUUUGGCUCGGAGUCCAAUAUAUCAAACGUUUGCUACUUGGCUGCUAGGUUAGUCGACAAACUUUGGCAGGGGCAACUUUCUAGGGAUCCACAUGAGGUGUUUGAUUUUAUAGUGAAGUUGAUUACGCAAGCCAAGAAGAAGUCUUCCGUCAUAUCACUGGAGGGGCUACAUCAUUGUUUGAACAGAACAAUAUUGUUCUUGCUUUCGCGUCCUACCGACUCCAUUACAGAUCAGAUGUCCGUUUUAGACACAUUAAGGAACCUUACUACUAACAGGUUAUUGAUAUUUGGCGCUGGCAACCAUGAGCUGGAGUUCAUCGGUUGCCUGACUUACUGCCUGCUGCAAUUGAGCGCCAACAUGAAGAUUGCCUUAGACUCACAUAUGCGCACGACGUGGCACGUCAACCCUAGUGGAGAUCUCGAGUCCAGAGAUGAUAAACUUAACACACAUCAAGGUUUCAAUCUGAUAGCGGGAGCUGCACGUCGAGUGUGGGAGGAGCUAUACGCAUGCAAGAAGCCGGCCAUCGAAGAGGUGUUCAAGGUGACCUUGGUGCCCGCCGUCGGCAACGCGCGCGCGCCCGACCUGGCCGCGGUCCGGGAGCAGCUCAACGAGGGCGCGCACAAGCUGUGGAUCAACUACAUCGACACCGAACGGAAGGCUGUCUACCGAGUGCCUUGGGAGCUACACAAUCAGAUCCAGUCGAAGAUUCAGAAAGUGACAGGCGGGCUGACUCGACUUGCGUCGCGCACCAAGGUCAAGAAAGAGGACUCCGGUAAACUGCGACCGCACCCGCCGCGCGACCAUGCUCUUGCUUACUUGCAGGAUCAUGUCCAACUCGUCAGACAAGCGUGGUGUGUGCAGCUGCAAGCCGCCGCCAACACGGGCGUGCACACGACGCGCUACGUGCAGGCCGAGUGGGCGGGCGCGUGGCGCGAGCUGACGCGCGAGCGCGGCCUGUGGGGCCCGCCGCGCGCCUCGCCGCUGCACAAGUGGGCGCUGGACUCCACGGAGGGGCCGUGCCGCAUGAGGAAGAUGCUGCGCCGGAACCAUCUCUUCUAUCUGCACUACCCCUACAGGCCCGAGCUGGAUAAUCCCGAUAAUAAACAACUAAAAUACAAAGUCGCUCAGAGCUUGGACAGCAAAGAAUACUACAGGGUAUACCAGCAAUGGCGGACCACCGGCAACAUUUUAGGCGAGACCGACGCCAUUGAGGCAGCCGAUCUACAAACAUAUGAAGAAGAAAUUACCAAUAACAGGGACCCGUCUCUAGACGAGACGAACGAAAACGGUUCUCCGUCAGACCUAGUCAGCAGUGGCGUCGUAAGUCGCGGGACCAACCAAACGUCCGCCGAAGGCAACGAAGACGGCCCGGACAAUGAGGACGAAGACGAACAGCAAUCGCCGCCGCCGGACAACCAGACGCUACUGAGGUUGCUAGAGCAUCACGAGAAAAUUACCCACAUGUUCCGUUGCGCAAGAAUACAAGGUCUCGACACGGUGGAAGGGUUACUUUUAUUCGGUAGAGAGCAUUGCUACGUCAUAGACGGCUUCACUCUGCUAAAGAACAGGGAAAUCCGAGACCUUGACAGCUGUCCUGAUGAUUAUGAGCCCAUAUUGCCGAGUCAAGGAAUACAAAGAAGCAAUCAGAGGCAGUGUAACAAAUUUCUAUAUGAGGAUAUACGGGAAGUACACAAACGAAGAUAUCUACUACAACCAAUAGCGUUGGAAGUUUUCUCAAGUGACGGUCGAAAUUAUCUUCUCGCCUUUCCUAGGAAAGUACGGAACAAGGUGUACAGCCGGUUCACGGCGCUUGCGACGGGCAUGGCGGACAGCGCGGCCGGCUCGGUGGCGGGGCAGAAGCGCGGCGUGGCCGUGGAGCAGCCGGCCAGCUUGCUCGCCACGCUCAUCGGUGACACCUCCGUCACGCAGCGGUGGCUGCGAGGCGAAAUUUCAAACUUCCAAUACCUGAUGCACCUGAAUACCCUCGCGGGUCGGUCGUACAACGACCUGAUGCAGUACCCCGUGUUCCCCUGGAUCCUCGCAGACUACGACUCGCCGGAGCUUGACCUCAACGACCCGGCCACCUUCCGCGACCUCACCAAGCCCAUGGGCGCGCAGAGCCCGGACAGGCUGGAGCAGUUUCGAAAGAGAUACAAGGAGUGGGACGACCCGCACGGCGAGACGCCGCCGUACCACUACGGCACACACUACUCGUCCGCCAUGAUCGUGUGCUCGUACCUGCUGCGCAUGGAGCCCUUCACACAACACUUCCUGCGGCUGCAGGGCGGCCACUUCGAUCUCGCGGACAGAAUGUUCCAUUCGGUGAAGGAGGCUUGGAAUUCCGCAUCGCGCCACAACAUGGCCGACGUCAAAGAGCUUAUACCGGAGUUCUUCUAUUUGCCAGAGUUCUUGCUUAACUCCAACAACUUUGACCUGGGCUCGAAGCAGUCGGGCGUGGCGCUGGGCCACGUGGUGCUGCCGCCGUGGGCGCGCGGCUGCCCGCGCGAGUUCAUCCGCCUGCACCGCGCGGCGCUGGAGUCGGACUACGUGUCGCACCGCCUGCACCACUGGAUCGACCUCGUGUUCGGCUACAAGCAGCAGGGCCAGCCCGCCGUCGACGCCAACAACGUCUUCCACCACCUCUUCUAUGAGGGCAACGUCGACAUUUACAAUAUCGACGACCCUCUAAAGAAAAAUGCCACGAUCGGCUUCAUAAACAACUUCGGCCAAAUACCAAAACAGCUCUUUAAGAAAGCUCACCCCAGUAAAAAGAUGUCGCAACGCAGCUCGACUAUAUUAGACCCGAACAAUAUCAUCCCGUCACAAGGGAUCACGCCGCCUGAGAAGUUGUUCUUCCAUAAUUUGGAGAAUUUGAGACCUUCUCUGCAACCUGUUAAAGAGGUAAAAGGCCCAGUAGGCCAAAUCCUGUACACCGACAAAGCCAUACUUGCAGUGGAGCAAAACAAAGUCCUAAUGCCACCGUCGUACAACAAAUACGUCGCGUGGGGGUUCGCGGACCACUCGCUGCGCGUCGGCAACUACGACAACGACCGCGCCGUGUUCGUGUGCGAGACCGUGGCGCAGGCGUGCGGCGAGAUCGUGACCUGCGUCUGUCCGAGUGCCAAGACCAUCGUCACUGCGGGCACGAGCACGGUGGUAACUGUCUGGCAAUACUGGGCCCGGCGGCGGCGCUUGACAGUGAAAGUGUGCCUCUACGGGCACUCGGAAGCCGUGACGUGCCUGGCCGCGAGUCCCGCCUACAACCUGGUAGUCAGCGGGAGUCGCGACGGCCAGGCUAUAGUUUGGGACGUCGAGCGUGGUUCAUUUAUAAGGCAACUCUCACCGACUAUGCCUUCCCCACCGCCUGUGUCGGCACUAGCUAUUGACGAUCUAACGGGUGACAUAGCAACGUGCAGCGGCAGCUACCUCUACGCGUGGGACAUCAACGGCACGCCGCUCGGGUCCGUGGACACCGGCGGCGGGCCCAAGAGCUCGCAGCAGAUCCUGUGCUGCGCGUUCAGCGAGACGCGCGAGUGGGACCCGCUCAACGUCAUCAUCACCGGCUCCACCGACGGCGUCGUGAGGAUGUGGUCCAUUGACUACAUACCUGAAACUGUUGAAGACCAACCGCAAAGCACUGAAGCCAUCAGCUUAGAACAACCCAUCACUUCAAUCGAAGUGACACAACACCGGUUGUCUGUGCAAGAGAGUGAGGACGCUAAGUCGGAAGGUGAGACUGCCUUCGAAGAGACGAGGAGCGAAGACCAGCCGAGCAAGACUGAAGCGGCCAUCAAGAGGGUUGAGGAGUUAGUCAAACAGAUGAGCUUGUCGCAAGAUAAUGAUAACGGAGAACUAGUCAAAUCCGCAUCCGAGAGCUCCCUAUCAGACGCGUGUGAAACUACGAGUGCCAAGGAAUCGGCACGGCGGCACGACGAAAAGGAUACCUGCAGCGACCAAGAAGCCCCCUACCGCGAGGAACCCGUGGACUCGUGCGACGAGGCCAAGGACUACGAUAACGACAAGGACAACGAUAAGGACACCGAGACGGAGAAGGAACACAGGAAACUGCAGAAGCAGGGCAACGUCGUCAUGCGCAGGAAAUCGAAGGGAAACCCACUGUUUAGGAAGAGUGGCGGCAGCAUAGGCGAUUCGGCCGAUUCUGGCUCCCUGGAGAGCGCGCCAGGACAGUCGACGGAGACGGAGGGCGGACUGCGAACCAGCAAGUCUGACACCAGCCUGACUGACUCGUUCGUCGUCGUGUCGGCGCCCGCCUCACCCGCGCCCGAACGCGCCAAGCCCAGGCUGGACCCGGAAAGCGAAACGGGCAUAAAAUGGCAGCGACGGCUGAUCCUCCGCGGCAAGCUGACGAUGCACACGGCGUACGAGCGGCGCGACAACGCCUGCCCCGCGUCCGUCACGGCCGUGGCCGCCGCGCGCUCCGGCCGCGGCCUGGCCGUCGGCGACGCCCGCGGCCGGAUAUUCCGCUGGUCGGCGCCAGACAUGUCUAGCGCGACGAAAGGCGGACCGGCGGACCAUUGGAUUCGCGACGACACCGCACCUUACUGCACACAAUGUCAGGUGCGGUUCACGGCGCUGGAGAGGCGGCACCACUGCCGCGAGUGCGGCGCGGUGUUCUGCGGGCGCUGCUCGCGCUACGAGGCGCCCGUGCGGCGCCUGCGCGCGCUGCGGCCCGUGCGCGUGUGCCAGCGCUGCCACGACGCCAUACAGGCCAAGCAGUAGCCAGGUUCUCCAAACCGCACACUUUUUGUGGAAAGCUUCGUGACUCAACAAAGAAUAUUCAGUAUUUUGUAAAAUGUCUGCCUAUUCCAAUAUUUGCUUGGAUGAUACAUGCACUAUGUAGAUAAGAUAACAGUGGUAUUUAAAGUUUUUGUGUGUAAAUGUUUUGGCAAAUAUUUAUUUUAACUCCCCAGUAAAGUUAUAGCCGUGUAACCAGAUUAUUACUAAAUACUUAUAUUAUAUUAGAAAAUAUAUUUAAGACAUAACUAAUGGCCAAGAAAUUUUAUACUUUAAAUCCUCAUCUUAAUAUUUGACUAAAUUUAAGUUUAUCUUGAAGAUGUUUAUUUAACCCUUUUCCAAGCUGCACUAAUCUAGAAGAUUUUAAAGAAAUUCUUUUACCACAUACGUGGUCGAUAAUGUACUAUGCUUGGAAAAGGGUUAAAAAGAUAAACUAAACCUUUUGGUUAAUAUUGUCAUGAUUUAAUGCACAAACGUAUACUGAUUUAAUGUUUUAGCAACUAGCACUAUUGUGAGAAGUGGAACGAGCCCACUUAUAGCGACAUCAUCCAUUAAAUGAACGUUUAUUGAAACUAAGCAGGACUGGGGACAAGAUAAAAAUGCAUUACUUUAUAAGAACAAAAGUCUUACACGAUUUAUGACGAAAAAACACUUUUAAAGUUGAUUUAGAAUCAGGUGCGUAAAAAUAUCGUAAUGCCUGACUUUAUCAACCAUCUAGUCAAAUAUUAUUUAUUAUUUUAAAUGAAUUAUGGAUUUUUUAGACAAUUAGUGGUACGUGAACCAUUUUGGCUCUCGAGAAAUUUAUAUUAACACGCUCACUGCGGCUCUGGGCCGAAAGACCUGAUGGUUAAUUACGAGUCACAUUCAUUGCCGCAGCCAACGUGAAGGCAAUGGUUAUUAUUUAAAUAUUUAUUUUUGCGUGAGUUUUUUUUACAUAACAAUAAAAACUCGCGGAUAAUAAGUGUGAUAGAUAUUCCGACAAAUAUAUAUCAUUCCUAGACAGCUAUACUCAUAGACAUAGGAUUUAUUUGACCUAGAACGAUAUUUAAAAAAUAUAACUGAAUUCUGCUAGAGUCCACAAAUCUGCGGGGAGAUAAGAGCGAUAAUAGUUUUUUUUAAAACAUAUUUAAGAUUAAAAUUGAUGUUAUUUUCUUUAGUAGCAGAGUUAUAUGUGUAUGUAUACAAUGUACUGAUCGAUCGUAUUUUUAUUAUCAUCAUCCAGUUUUAGAUUUUUUUACUAAUGUAAUGCUUUUUUUUGCCUAAUGGCAAUCAUGAAUUUAUAACAUUAAUUGGUAUUAAUUGAUAAACUUUCCUUUUGGUGCUUUUCACGCAUUACUUAUACAUCAUAAUCAGUAUUAGUAUUGAUAUUGUAAAAAAAAUAUAUUUUUAUUUAUUGUUUUUAUUAGAUCUCAGAACAGUUUGUCGAAUAUUUUAUGAUAUACAUGUAAUUAGUCUUAAGAUUGUUUUCCCUUCGUUGUAAAGUAUUUAAACUAUUCAUGUAGCCUCGCUCAUUCUUCGAUUGUGAUAAUUAUUACUUUUAAUUUCUACGCGUAUUAUUAUGAAAGAAAUUACCGAAAACCCUAUUCUUGUUGUUUUGCAAUUCGUUUUCUGUUAUUGCUCCAACACGUAAACUGUAAAGGUUACGAUUUCUACCAAUUACUUCUAGAUUGAACCAUUAUUGUUCGAACUUCCGAAUACUAACCUGCCUACUUAGGUACAAAGAUUUUUCUCAUUAUAGUUAUCAUUUAGAUUAGUCUAGUCACAAUCACAGAAUGUAUAAGGACUUUAUAUAAAGAAAGGCUCGAGUAGCAGUCAAUUUAGCUUAAUAUGCAAUUUUAUACUCCAUGCAUUUUGAACAUUCCGUAAGUGAAAAAUAGAUUGCGUUUAUUUAUUAAAAUUAAUUUCCUGUCCCUGAUAAUUUUGUUACAACUUUAACCCUUUGACCGCCACAGACGGCUGUGAACGUUACCGGAAAGCCUUGCCAAGGGCGCCAACGACGGGCACAGCCGUCCGCUUCGCCAAUGUAAUAGGCACUUACGCGGGACUCCGUAAAGUUCAAUUUCGCAUAAAUAAUUGGGAUCUUCCUUCGCCGUUUGGCGUUCAAAGGGUUAGUUUAGUAUAAGGUCAUGAAACAAGGAUUAUCGUGAAAUAUAUUCAGUGUUAUAAGAGUAUUCAUCGUAACAUUACUUACAAAUGCCAUACAGAUACAGUCAAGUCUGAAAUUAUCGAUAUGAAAAAUGUGCCAAAAAUAUGUAUAUACUACCUUAAUAUAUGGGCAAUAAAGUCGUGUAUACAUAUUUUUGGCACUUUUUUCGUAUCGAUAUUUUCAGACGUGACCGUACCAUAAAGCUGCAUAACUGAUGUCAUAGCUUGCAAAAUAAAUGUCAAUAUAUAAUUGUAAUAGACUAUAAUAACACAUAUAUAUGUAUUGUUUACGUAAUAGUUAAUGUUUCAAUGGUAGCUUUCUAUACUUGUAAAAAGUUAUGACAUUCGAGAAUAGAUAUUGGCGUGAAAAACAGCUUCGUCAAAUGAUAUUAGUUCGGUAGUCACGGUCUCGCAUUUAGUAACACGAUUAGAAUUAACACUGUAAGAGUAUUAGAAGUAGGCGGGCUGUAUUGUAUAGAAGAAUAAUUUACAGACAAUAUAUAGUAACGUUGUUUAGGUAGUACGUAGGCACUGAAGUUUAUGGCGUUGACUAAUGUAUUCAUGUAUAAAUGAAUAAAGUGGUGCAGCAAACUAACAUAA